AUGAACAACUUCGAAUAAGACUUCUAUUAAUUUGUUAAACAUUAAUUAGCCAAAAAAAGAAGGUAAAAAGACUCUUCUCCAAAUACUCCACUUGGUGAAACUGAUGAGAUGGAAAAAAACAGAUUGGUCAAUUAAAAUGUGACUAAAGUUUUACAAUAAGAGAGAAAGAAAAUGAGGAUCCAAAAAGUUUCAAAGGAGUAGUAGUUCGAUAAGAGAUUUAAGGAUUUUAGUAAUAUGGACACCUUCCUUGAUAUUAAAUAGUUUCUGAGGCAUUUGAGCAAUUAGAAGUUAGCGAGUGUUGAAAUAAAAAAGAAAUUAAAAACAUUAAAGAAAAUUGAUUCUGAUAGCGAUAAUGAUGAUUUAUUUGAUUACGCUGACAUCAUAUAAAGGAGCAAGAAUAUUGUUGAAAAUAGUACCGUUAUAAGACAUUAUCCUGACAUUAAAGGAUAUUUGAUCUAGGAAGAAUAGCCAAAUUUAACAAAAUAAGAUGUUGAAGAGCUUAAAACCGAGGAUGACAAAUUUUAUAAUGCAAUAGAUAAGUUAUUUAUUGAUAUCAGGACUAAAUCAGAAUAGAUAGCAUUACAACAAAAAUAUGAGCAAGAACGAAAUAAUUGUAAAGGAUCUAUCUAAAUGAUUAAAAUGCCUCAAAAAUAAUUAGAAGAAAACCUACAAGAAAAAGAAAGAAUGGAUGAAUUAAUUUCUAGAUAAGCUAAAUAAUUUAAAUAAUAAACAGAAAAGGUUCUAACGCUUCUUGAAAAAACAACUAAGCAAUUAUUUAAUAAUAAAUAAAAAAAAGGACUAUCACGAUUUAUUAAAAAAAAGAAAAGGUUAACAGAACCCAAUUAAUAAUUAUCUGAAAUUAGUGAAGAAAGAACUACUCUUCAUCAAUUUUAUCCAGAAACCUCUAGAAGCACCAUCAAACUUCCAUACCUAUCUCCAAAUACAUCCAAAAUCUAUUCUCACAGAACUUUUUUAAGUUAAGUUGUCAUUCCAGUCUCUAGGAAAGAUAGUCAAAUCAUAGAGAAAGUGGAACCUUAGGAGAAGAUAAAAAACCAAUUUAGACAAUUCAUAUAAAAAUUAGAUAAAACAAAAGAAACUUUUGAUAAAUAGUAUUAAACAGACAAAGAAUUAUUAUCGAUUUAAUAAAGGAUAAUAAAAAAUAUGAAUAAAAUUGGGGAGAUCCCAUUAGAGAGUUUAAGGAUACUAAAUAAAAAAGAAGUUGAGGCAAAUAAUCUGAAAUUGAGUAAAUUCAAAAAACUCGGCCCUAUUCAAAUUUUAUGA